GCUCAGCGCUGGCGCAAUGAGAACUACGAGAGGCCCGUGGACCUGGAGGGCUCCGGGGAUGACGAUCCCUUCGGAGAAGAUGAGCUGGACGACAUCUACUCCGGCUCUGGCUCGGGCUAUUUCGAGCCGGAGCUGGGGCUGGAUACGGCCGUGAGCCUGAGCCCGGACACGCUGAUGACACUGCCCACCACAGCGGCCGUGCUGCCCACCAGCGCCGCCCAGCCCGUGGCAACGCCCCUGGAGCCGUCCCCAACCCCACCAGACACCACCCCCGGGCGGGCAACCAGCGCCUGGUCCAUCCCCAGGACCACUGAGGCACCAGCGAUGCCCAGCUGGACACUGACCACCACCAGCACCACGGCCAGCGAGGCCCCGACCACCACGGCCACCACGACCACCACCAUGGCCACCACCACCACCACCAUGGCUACCACCACCACCACCACCACCACAGAGGCCACCACCACCAGCAGCACCACCGUGGCCACGGCCAAGCCCACCACCAUCCAGAGGUUCCUGCCCCCCUUGGCCACCAAGGCAGCCACCACCCGGGCCACUACCCGGGCCACCACCCUGGCCACCACCCAGGCCACCACCCGGGCCACCACCCGGGCCACCACUCGGGCCACCACCCUGGAGACGCCCACCACGCCCCUCCCCGAAGCCAGCACGCCAACAGAGGUGGCCACGCCACGCCUUGUCCCCGCCAGCACGGCCAGGCCCAGGGCCCUGCCAGCGCCCAGCACCUGGAGGACUGCAGGGCUGCCCGAGGACAGCACGGCCGUGCCCCCCGCUGCCGCCACACCCCCGCCCCCGGGACCACCCCAGCAGGAGCCCAGGGAGGUGACAACCAUCCCGGACAGCGAGCUGGAGGUCCCGGCCAGUAGUGGCCCCAGUGGGGACUUCGAGAUCCGGGAGGAGGAGGACACAACUCGCCCGGAGCUGGGGAACGAGGUGGUGGCCGUGGUGACACCACCAGUGGGGCCAGGGCCCGGCAGGAACGCGGACUCGGGGCUGCUGGACAACACGAUAGACUCGGGCAACUCGGCUGCUCAGCUGCCCCAGAAGAACAUCCUGGAGAGGAAAGAGGUGUUGAUAGCGGUGAUCGUGGGUGGCGUGGUGGGUGCCCUGUUCGCCRCUUUCCUGGUGAUGCUGCUCAUCUACCGCAUGAAGAAGAAGGACGAGGGCAGCUACACCCUGGAGGAGCCCAAGCAGGCAAACGUCACCUACCAGAAACCCGACAAGCAGGAGGAGUUCUACGCGUGACCGAGCGCCCGCAGUGCCUCACGCUCCCUCCCCGCCCCAAACUCUCCCCUUCCCCUUCUCCAUCCAGCCUCUCUCUUUCCCCCUCCCCUCUCUCUCUUUUUUUGGGAUCAGACUGUGAAUUUUCCGAACAAAACCCGCAGCGGCUGAAGGAGGAGCAGUGUCCUKGGCGCAGGGGCCGCGGGGUGGCUGGAGCAGCGCCGGGGUGUGCCCAGCACCGCUGGCCUUUCUGCUGGCGGGAGGGACGGGACACGGAGCCCACRCCGAGGAGCCGGGGCGGCCGUGCCCGGGAACGCCCCGGGGAGYGUGGGACGGGCUGCCCACGGCGCCUGGAGCUCAACUGGACUUUCCCCACCACCACCACCACCACCAUGGCAAACUCUGGGAUCUGGACACCCCCUGCCAGCCCUGCGGGGAACGCUUUGGAUUUAUCCUCUUUGGUUUUCUAUCCAUGGAGGAGGGAGAUUUCCUUCCUUCUGCCAGCCCCGUGGGGGUCACUUUGGAUUUAUCCUCUUUUUUUUUCCAUCCAUGAGGAGGGAGAUUUCCUUCCUUCGGGCCGCACAGGGGUCGCUUUGGAUUUAUCCUCUUUGKUUUUCCAUCCAUGAAGGAGGGAGAUUUCCUUCCCUCCAUUCKGUUUUUGGUUUCUGGUUUCUUUUGGAAUGGGCUCGGUCGCUCCGCAGGAAUCCCCUCCCGUCAGAAGAGAGAAUCCCCUCCCUUUGGCUCUCCAAUGCUCCUGGAACCUUGGGAAAAGCACAAGGGGCYGGAACAGCUGGGAUUUGCUCUUGGAGUGGGGAGAAAAGGAAAUAAGUGCAAAUGGGAAUGAUCCCUUAGGAUCGCUGUUCUGGAGAGCUCGUGGAGCUGCACUGGGGUGUCCCAGGCUGCUGCCAUCCCACCACCCCUGGAAUCUCUGGGAUCCACGCCUAGCUGAGCCGUUUGGCCUGGCAGGGACUUGGCUUGGCCUGGAUUUUCACUGUCACCACCAAAGCUUGGCUCUGCGGGACGUUCCUCAGGAGGAGCUGGGAAUGGAGAUCCCAAUCCUCACCCCGGCUCUUCCAGAGGGGAUAACAGAGCUCGGCAAGGCCUGGGAUGAACCUGAGGAAGGAAAUCCAGGGAGGGGUGAUCCCUGUCCCAUCAGGCUCCRGCUGGGAUCCCAUUGGCAUCCAGAGAUGAGGAAGAGGAGGCAGAACCAUCGCUCAGCCCCAGGGUUCAUUUGAUCAUUGGAAAGAUCCUAAAACCAUUGGAAAGACCCAGGAUUGACCGUUUUCCUUCAUUGUUUAAACCCCCAGGAUUGUUGGUUUUCCUUCACUGGUGUUUAAAUCCCAGGAAAAUCCACAGGACCGGAGAGCACUGGCCCUGGAACCCCCCAGGUGUCCCCUCUGAGGCUGCCCCAUGUUCAGAUCCCGACACUCCGGUGCCUUCGGGAAAGGCGGAUUUUUCAGAGCGAGCUCUGCACAGAAGAAUCGAUUGGGAUAUUUCCAUUCAGAUAAUUUCAGUUAGGAUAUUCCAAUUAGGAUAUUUCCAUUCAGAUAAUUUCAAUUAGGAUAUUUCCAUUCAGAUAAUUUCAAUUUGGAUAUUCAAAUUAGGAUAUUUCCAUUCAGAUAAUUUCAGUUAGGAUAUUCCAGUUAGGACAUUUCAAUUGGGAUAUUUCAUUUGGGAUAUUUCAACUGGGAUAUUUCAAUGAGGAUAUUUCAGUGAGGAUAUUUCAACUGAGAUAUUUCAAUGAGGAUAUUUCAAUUGGGAUAUUUUAAAGGUUAUUUCAAUGAGGUGGCUCUUCAUUAGCUAGAGCCCUGUUUGUGGGGCCGUCAAGGAGCUUUGUUGUCACGGUGGGUGAGAUCUCGGUGGGGUCCUAUGGAGGCUCUGGAUUGGCUCUUGGAGCCAUUUAAAUUAAGGAAAAACYUUAAUUUUUARUCUUAAUUUUUUYAAUCUCCAUUUUAAAUCUAAAUUUUGAAUGGGAAAAUCCAAUUUAAAUCGGAAAAAAGUCAUUGUUGCAUCUCUGUUGCCUUGGGAAUUCAGCUGCAUGGAGUCAGGGAAGCUUUGGCUCYCGAGGGGUUGGGGGAUUUCGGGUUUUAGGGCCCUGGUGAGGGUUCCAGGACAUCAGAGCUUCUUUGGGGAAGGGAUUUGAGAGACCAAAAGCAUAUUUUAAAUGAAUUUAAAYAUAAAUAUAAAUAUCCACCCCUACAGGUAUGACAUGAAAGGAAAUCCCUGGAAUUUCUCGGUGCACUGGGACGGCUGGGUGGGAUUUGUGGUUGGGAAAAGCUGGGAGGUUUGGGCUGCUUUUCCCUGGAAUACUGCCCAAAAUGCCCAACCUGACUUUACUUUGGUUUAGGGAGCAGAGCCCUGGGCUUGGAUCAGCUCCAAAAUCCACUUUUUUUAGCUGCUAGACUCAAAAUCCUCCUGGCUGAAGUUCUUGGAGCUUGGAGAAGGCCCCGUUGGGUGUUUGGGGUGGUGAUGCUGGGAUGCACGCAGUGUUUGGGUGUGUGAGUGACCAUUCCUGUGUCAAUCCCGAGGGAGGAUGAGGCUGAGGAUGAGGGUCAGGAUGAGGAUGAGGAUCAGGAUCAGGAUCAGGAUCAGGAUCAGGAUGAAGGAUGAGGAUGCCCCAAAAGAUGGAAUGCCCUCAGAAAGAUCCUGGUGCCCCCUUUGUGCUGCUCCAAAGUGAGUUUGAUUUGAUUUGAAUCCACUUUGACUCCUGGAUUUGAUGGUUUGGAGGUUUCUGGCCCUGUUGGGAUCAUGCAAAGGGGAGUGACACAAAUUCAGCCCACCAAAACCACCCAAAAUCCCCAUCYUUUGGAAAAACCUGGAUAUAAUCUUUGGAGCUUGCUUUAAAAAGAAAAAAAAAAAAACCAAA